AGAUCAUUUAUCGCGGGAGCUUAUUAGUGACUCGGCGAAUUUCAAGAUGGCGGCUCCUUGUCUAAAAGAAGUUGUAUCGAUGUACCAAACCCUCAUUAAAGAGUGGAACAAAAAGCCAGCUGAUCUUGAAAAAUGCGGUAAACUACUCUCAGGCAUGAAGAUGUCUCUUAUUAAAUUCUCGUUUCUCCCCACAUCAAACAAUAAACCAAGCCAACAGGAACUUCUCCUAGCUCGUGAUGUUUUGGAAAUUGGUGUUCAAUGGAGUAUACUCAAAGAAGAUAUUCCCUCAUUUGAGAGAUACAUGGCAAUGUUAAAACCCUACUAUUUGGAUUAUAGGGGUAUUCUUGAGGAUUCAGCCUACACUUAUCAACUACUAGGAUUAAACCUUCUAUCUUUAUUGGCUCAGAAUCGUCUAGCUGAGUUUCACACAGAGUUGGAGCUUCUUCCUGCCAAGGAACUGCAGCACAAUGUCUACAUCAAGCAUUCAGUAUCCCUUGAACAGUACCUGAUGGAGGGAAGUUAUAAUAAGGUUUUUCUAGCAAGGGGAAAUGUCCCAGCUGAGAACUACCAUUUUUUCAUGAAUAUUCUUCUUGGGACACUAAGAGAUGAAAUAGCAACCUGCAUGGAGAAGUCUUACCAAAAAGUGUCAAUACCUGACACCACCCGUAUGCUGUACUUUGAAGGAGAAAAGAGUAUGAAAGUCUUUGCUGAUAAGCGUGGAUGGAAAACAGAAGGCAACUUCUAUGUCUUUGAAGAUCUCUCAAAGAAGGAUGCCACCCAAGGGAUAACCUCAUACAAGAUCACACAGCACAUGUUGGAGUAUGCCAAGGAGCUGGAGAGGAUAGUCUAGUCAUAAUAUCUGAAGAUCUCUGCUCAGCUUGCUUAGCAGGCAUGUUUCUGCAUCUGCUGUUUCUGUGAACAUGUUACUUUUAUAAGCACAACAUACUACCUGCUUUUGUGCUUCAUUACAAACUCAAUCUUUGGUUCACACCAGCUUGGGGGUAAAGGGGGGGGGGGGGGGAGUUUAUCUAAAAAAGCUGUCCCAUAGAGGUGAAGAGGAGAAAUUAUUCUCUUCCCCCUGACCAUCACUUUGCAGAUUAGAUAUGAGACCACUUCAUUGAUGGUUGCUCCUGUCAUGAGUGGAAGUCAAACAGCAGUUUUAGAUCCAUUUGUCUUAUUGAGUGUAAAGUUUAAAGAUGUUGGCUGUGAAUAAAUUGUUUAUUCAAA